AAAUAAACUAUAACUAUAAAUUCAGUAUCCUCUAUCUUUUAAAGAUUUAUCAUAUUGAUAACAAUGAGAAUAUUUACGAUGGAGAAACGCCCAUUAACUCUACUUGCGUAAUGAUGAUGAAUCCGAUAGUACAUAGUAUAUCAGAAAACAUGCCAGAGCAGUAGCAGUCGACCGUCAACUUUCAACAUGUAACGUCGUAUACAAUAACGCGAUAACCAAAAAAUAUUCAAGCAAGUUGCAAAAGAGUAUAAACAUUGACUUCGCUUUUCAUAAACUUGUAUUCCGAUUUAAUGGAAUAAUAGUGAUAAAUAUAUUAAUAUGAUAUACGUAAUUGCUUUGUCGGUGAUAGCGGGUGUUCUAGGUUUUUAUUAUUUUUUUUUAAAGAUUUAAAUUACUUUAAAAAAUAUGGCAUAUUUACAUAAGCCACCUAUUCCUAUAUUGGGAAAUAUGGGACCGUCAAUUUUCCGUCUUCAAUCGUUAGCCGAACUCGUCAAGGAUAUUUACAAUCUACAUUCUGAAGCAAAAUACGUCGGUAUGUUUGAUAUGACUAACCCACUUAUAAUGGUGCGCGAUCUCGAACUUAUUAAAUCCGUUACGUUGAAACACUUCGAUAUGUUCCCGGAUCAUCUCAGCGGUGAAACGCAAGAUCCGUUACUUGGCAAAAAUCUUUUUUCAAUUCGCGGAGAGAAGUGGCGACAAGUACGACCUUUAUUGAGUCCAGCCUUCACAUCUAGCAAAAUGAAAAGUAUGUUUAAGUUAAUGUUAGAAUGUGCUGACGAUUUUGGCACCUUCUUAGUGCAAUUGCCACCAGAACAGAGGAUGAUACAAGUAAAAGACAUCUUUACCAGAUAUACUAACGACGUAAUCGCUACUUGUGCUUUUGGCAUCACUGUUGAUUCCAUGAGGAAUCCAAAAAAUCAAUUCUACGUAUAUGGCAAAGAGGCGACCACAUUUGGCAGUAUUGCCUUAAUAAAAUUAUACUUAUUCAGAAGUUUGCCUACAUUGGCACGAUUAAUAAAUUUGAAAUUUAUCCGUCAGGAAAUAGCAGACUUCUUCCGAGAUCUUGUGGAAACCACCAUAAAAACUAGGGAUGAGAAUGGUAUUGUUCGACCUGAUAUGUUGCAGUUGAUGAUGGAAAACAGAGGUAAAGAGGGCAAGCUAGAAUUGAGUAUCGAAGAUAUGGUAUCGCAGGCGUUUAUCUUUUUCUUUGGUGGCUUCGACAGUACUUCAACGCUAAUGUGUUUUGCCGCUCACGAAAUCGCAGUGAAUCCGGAUGUACAAAAAAGACUUCAAGAUGAAAUCGAUCAAGUCUUGGAAGAAAACAAUAGAGAAGCACCUUACGAAGCUGUUAAUAGUAUGGAAUAUUUAGAUGCUGUGAUCUGCGAAGCUCUCCGAAUGUAUCCGGUUGUCGUGGCAAUGGACAGAUUAUGCGAAAAAGAUUUCGAGUUACCGCCGGCAUUACCAGGAAUGAAACCUUUUACAAUAAAGAAAGGACAGGGUAUAUGGAUACCUGUUUAUGGACUUCAACAUGAUCCUAAAUAUUUCGAAGAACCGGAAAAGUUUGAUCCCGAGCGAUUUCUUGGUGAAAAAAGGAAAGAUAGUCUCAACUGCGGAGCUUACCUUCCUUUCGGUCUUGGUCCUAGAAUGUGCUUAGGUAACAGAUUUGCGUUGCUAGAGACGAAAGUUCUACUCUUUCAUCUACUAGCCCGUUGUAAUUUGAAAGUCUGCGAAAAAACACCGAUACCACUCAAGAUCGCUAGAGACGGCUUCAAUAUGAAACCUGAAGGUGGUUUCUGGCUGAAUGUGGAACCAAGAGAAAGCAUACAUCACAUUCUUUCAGCUAAAUUAGUCAAUGGAACACGUUAUAUAUAAAAUGGAAAAUAAACUCAUGAUGAACCAGGACACUUUUUCUAUAAAUUUCCGGAAAGAAAACGUUUACUGCAAGUUUAAGAACUAAGAAUUAUCAGGAAUAUUUUGAUUGAAUACUGUCAUUUUAUCUCUUAUAUGUUUUUAAAGAAACAGUAAAAGAAGAAAGCAGAACAAAG